AUGACUAAUGUAACAAAAGUGAUACGACCAUUUUUUGAGAAAUAUAUUAAUCGAUCAUCAGUUGAAUCAACUGUUCUUUUUGGUCCCUUACUCAAUGUGAUGCCAAGAAGCGGACUAGCAACAACUAAUGCAGCAUAUGAUAAUCAAUGUAAUCAUGGAUGGGAUAAUACACUAGCAUCAAUACAAGCCAUAUUUAUGGCUCGUGGUCCUUUGUUUAAUGCAAAUAUUCAAAUUGAUUCGAUUAAUAAUGUUAAUAUUUAUCAUAUUGCUUGCCGCAUUCUUAAACUUGAUCCAAAUCCAUAUGCUACUGCUGGUUCCCUUGUCAAUCUUACUAGUCUUUUUCGAUCGGUUGAAAAUGUUACAACACCAAGUACUUUUAUAUCCAGCAGUUCAACAAUAGAAAGAUUCACAACAUCAAUGAAAAAUGCUUGCUGCUUAUUUUCUACUUAUUUAUUUCCUACUCUAGUGAUGUUAUUUUUAUUAUCUUUCACUCUCUGGAAGAUAUUCCAAUAG